UAUUGAAGUGUUAAGCUUGAGCCCCCUUCUAUUUCAAAAAGAGUUCCAAAACCCUCGUGAGAGAAAGGGAGAGAGGGGUAUUAGCUCCAUUGUUUUUUACAGCUUUGAUGGCGGUUCAGAGUUCGGCUUCUAGCAAAACUCAAGCUUUAGGCAACUCAACUCACAAUCAGUUCUUUAUAUGGAGGGAGUUUUUAUGGGGAGCAGUUGCUGGGGCUUUUGGGGAAGGGAUGAUGCAUCCGAUUGACACCAUUAAGACACGCAUUCAAAGUCAAGCUAUUCUUAGUGGAAGUCAGAACCAGAAAAGUAUACUGCAGAUGGUACGAACAGUAUGGGUUGCUGAUGGAUUACGGGGCUUUUAUAGAGGUAUAGCUCCUGGAGUUACAGGGUCUCUUGCAACUGGAGCAACAUAUUUUGGUGUCAUAGAGUCUACCAGAAAAUGGAUUGAGGAAUCACAUCCGAACCUUGGAGGUCUUUGGUCCCAUUUCAUUGCUGGAGCUGUUGGAGAUACACUAGGUUCUUUUGUGUAUGUUCCAUGUGAAGUGAUGAAGCAACGUAUGCAGGUUCAAGGCACAAGGACAUCAUGGAGUUCUAUUGAUAUGAAAGCCAAUGUUUCUAUGAAGCCUGGUGUGCAAAUGUAUGAUUACUAUACCGGAAUGUUCCAGGCUGGCAGCUCAAUUUGGAAGGAGCAGGGACUAAAGGGAUUAUAUGCAGGAUAUGGGUCGACACUUGCAAGGGAUGUACCUUUUGCUGGUCUCAUGGUUGUGUUUUAUGAAGCCUUGAAAGACUUGACAGAGCAUGGGAAGCAAAAAUGGAGUACCAAUUCAAAUUUCCAUGUCAGUAGUUCCCUGGAGGGACUUGUAUUAGGAGGAUUAGCUGGAGGAUUUAGUGCAUAUCUAACGACUCCCUUAGAUGUUGUCAAAACACGAUUGCAAGUGCAGGGGUCUACUUUGAGGUAUAAUGGGUGGUUUGAUACAAUUCGUCAAAUAUGGAAGACUGAAGGCACAAAGGGAAUGUUUAGAGGUAGCAUCCCUAGAGUUACAUGGUAUGUUCCUGCUUCCGCUCUCACUUUCAUGGCCGUAGAAUUUCUCAGAGACCAGUUCAAUGAAGGAUUGAAUCAUGAUGAUGCACAAGAAGUAGCUCGCUUAUCAGUGGAGAAAAAAGGAUCAUCUUUACCAAAGGUAGCUUAGAAAUACAGAUCAAUAUUUUUUUUUUGGAGGUAUAUGGGGUGGAGUAAUUGCUUUCAUUUUUUGUUUUUUGGGGGAAGGCAAUUAUUAUUAUUAUUAUUGGCUGAAAGGGAAAGCAAUUCUUAGUUGUACACAACUUAUAGUAAUUGAAUAGCAGCUAAAUUGGCAAAUUGGUCUUUUUACAAACAAAAUUACAAUGGAGAAUUUUUUUUAUAUAGAUCGGUUUUAUUGGGCUCU